CAUUGGCUGAGGAGUUUGCGUCAAAAAGUAGCUGGCGACAUUUGCUUCUCAGCAAAUUUCCCCGCGAGAGAGACAGACCCCCAUCUCCGAGUGCUCCAGACGUUCUCAUUGGCCAGACCUCUCUACAAAUCCAACUCAGCAACUUCACUCAGAACAGACUAACAAAUCAUAACCGUAUGUAUUUUACCAACAUAAACGCGUUUGCACUCUACCAUACAUUGGUGCAAGUGUUAAAGAUGAAAGUUUUGUCGGUCUUUUUAUUCUAAUAUAUCCAAAGCGACAGUAACUUUUGAUUGGUUAUUUUAUAGGAUUUCGAAAUUAUAGAGAGAGAUACUUUAUUCAAGGAAAGGAUUGGACAAAGAACUAUCUUCUCCGGCCACAAUCCUGAGUAUCCAGCGGCAAAAUCGAGACAGUGAGAAAAAGAACAGAUAAACAACCAAGGACAUCUACGGGCCUUACCCAAUUUUCAACAUUUUCUCCAACUUUACCCCCCAGUCCAACAUUAGCAUGAUGUCGUAUCUGAAGCAACCACCGUACACAGUCAAUGGACUGAGCUUAACGACCUCUGGAAUGGACCUUCUGCAUCCAUCCGUAGGCUAUCCAGCGACACCCCGCAAGCAGAGACGAGAAAGGACGACUUUCACACGAGCCCAACUUGACAUUUUGGAGGCGCUGUUCGGCAAAACUCGCUAUCCUGAUAUAUUCAUGCGCGAGGAAGUAGCACUAAAAAUCAACCUACCAGAGUCUCGUGUACAGGUUUGGUUUAAGAAUCGAAGGGCAAAGUGUCGCCAGCAGCAACAGCAGCAGCAGAACGGGGGCCAGAACAAGGUGCGACCAGCCAAAAAGAAGAGUUCUCCAGCCAGGGAAGCGAGCUCUGAGAGCGGGGCGAGUGGCCAGUUCACACCGCCCUCAAGUACUUCAGUCCCGACCAUCUCAACCAGUACCGCGCCGGUAUCUAUCUGGAGUCCAGCCUCUAUCUCUCCGAUGGCUGACCCUCUCUCUACCUCCUCUUCCUGCAUGCAAAGAUCAUACCCAAUGACCUACACACAGGCCUCGGGAUACAGCCAAGGCUAUGGCGGAUCAACGUCAUAUUUCGGCGGAAUGGACUGUGGUUCUUACCUUACUCCCAUGCAUCACCAGCUGUCUGGCCCCGGGACGACACUCAGUCCUAUGAGCACCAACGCUGUCACAAGCCAUCUGAGCCAGUCCCCGGCGUCCCUCUCCACUCAGAGCUACGGAGCCUCGGGGCUAGGCUUCAACUCCACGGCGGACUGCUUGGAUUAUAAGGACCAAGCGGCAUCCUGGAAACUGAACUUCAAUGCAGAUUGCUUGGAUUAUAAAGAUCAGACUUCAUCUUGGAAAUUCCAAGUCCUGUGAAAAAAACAAUGUGUAAACUAUUCAAACAAAGACAGUGAUAAUUCAAACAUAUAUCUCUGACAUCCUUCAAUAAGAUAUAUGCUUAAAAUACUGAAUAUUCGUGUCGUCGGUAAGGAACUGCGAGAGAGGGGGCUAUCGGUGGCGCCUCGCGUUGUUGCCAUGAUGUUUGGCCCCAGCCUGUAGAGGAGAAUUUAGAAUUUAUUUUAGCGUUGGCUAAGAGACUUUAUUUUCAUUAACCUCACAGGUUGUAGCCCUCUCACAUGUAUGUCUGUCAAUGUGUGCCUCUAUUCUUACAACACCUGUUGGUUAAUUUAAGGAAAACUCGGAGUGGACCCUUAGUAAUUUAUGGUACAUCACAGCCACGGAACAAAUCCUUAUCCCAGAACAACAUUGCUAGAGGAGCGGAUGUUUUGGUGAAGAGCUUUGGAUGGACAGGUUUAAGCCUUAUAACUUGCCGACCUAUUGGCAGAGAGACUGAUCAGGAUGGUGUGUGGACUGCGCGCACCCGAGGCGACAUGGAUGCACUACUUUAUUUAAGAAAAAGUGUUUAUAAGGAAUCAAUAUGUAGUUUCUAAGAGACAAUCAGUGUGUGUCUUAUAUAAAUGGUACAUAUGUGUUUAAAAAAAAUCUGUGCUAGCCUUCGAAACUGUGAUCUGUUGUAUUGUAUGCAAUUUGUGAGCUCCCUCGCAUCAGCGAUGACUCUCUGCUGUGAUUUUAAUAGCUUUGUAACUUUUUGAACAACAAAAAAAGUAUGGAUAAUGAUAAAAUAAUUAUUAUUGCAAGAGACAACCUGACUGUCCAAACCCAUGGUUGAACAUCUGAGGUGAUACUGGAAAAGAAACUUGAUUGCUGAGAGCUCUCUAGAUUUGCGCGUUGUUCUCCGUUGAUCACACGCUGAUUGUGGAUACCUAACAUGGCUCCAAAGAUGGUGUGACCCCACGGCUGAGCAGACAUGAAUAAAGGUCCUGUGAUCUGACCCCCCUCCCCCCAUUUAUCAAUUAACUUAAUAUGAAUUCACUAUUGAUUGUGUGUGAGUGUGUGUGUGUGUUGAUUAUCAUAUUUAUGUAUUUUACAAGGUCACAUUUGGACCGAUAUGGAUUAAACGUUGUGUAAGUAGGUUUUAUAUGUACUGUAUGUCCCCUCACCUUGAAUCAGGGGCGGAAUGGGACCAAAAAUCUGCCCUGGCAUUUCUAACAGGAGAACUCCAAACAGCCCAUUUUUUUUGCCCCCAUUAUUAGCCAGAUAAUGAUACAAAAUGAUCCUCAUAGAAGGAGUCGUAAUUCUAUUUAUUGGAAUAAUAGAGAGAGAACACCUGUCUCAUGUGGUUUAAGGAUAUGUGUAUGGCAAAACUUACAGCUCUUCAGCCAUUCAAGCAAAAAGUCUAACAAAAUCUUGGUAGGCAAGAUAAAUGGCAGUAGCCUAGGCCAAUGCAAUGUUAUUUCCUCAGAAUAAGAUAUUUUCUAAAUAAAUUAAUGAACGAAUGUCAGUCAUAUAAAAGACUCACUUAAGAACAGCAAUAACAACCUCGAUCAUAUUAAUAUUCAAAUGACAUUGAAAAAACCCUGUUGACUAGUUGUGAUUACCUUUUGAGAGCAAGAGGGCGGGCUGUUUUAUCAUUUCCAGAGAGAUUUUUCCCCUACUUCAGGUUUUAAGAGGUGUGUUAAUUAGGUCUGUAAUUACCAUUUUAGUAAGCAAUCAUUAGCCACACUUGGCCGUUCAAUAUCCUCCAAUCCGCCUCAAACGGUAAACAGGCAGCCUGCUGUCUACAAUGACCAUUGCUAUAAUAAAGAAAACGUACUGUGUAAACCUAGCUGUGUUUCAAUCGUAAUAAAUAAUGGAUAAAUAA